CCCAAAACACCUCUUUCCCUGACUCAUUUGAUCGGAAUCGUCAUCCGUUGCAAACCAGGGAAUCAGAAAAUGGGCUUCAAAAAUGCUAAGGUUCCUAAAAUGCCUGACGCUUCUAUUUUUAACAAGUUGGCUUCUGUUGGUGGGAUCGUUAUGUAUGCAGCUUCCAACAGUCUCUAUAAUGUUGAUGGGGGGCAUCGUGCCAUUGUCUUCAACCGUAUCAAUGGAAUUAAAGAAAAGGUCUAUCCUGAAGGAACACACCUUAUGAUUCCAUGGGUUGAAAGACCAAUCAUUUAUGAUGUACGUGCAAAGCCCAAUUUAGUGGAAAGCACAUCAGGAAGUCGUGACCUUCAGAUGGUUAAAAUAAGUCUUCGUGUGCUGACACGUCCUGUACCAGACCAGUUACCGACUAUAUAUCGGGAACUAGGUACGGACUACAAUGAAAGAGUGUUGCCUUCAAUCAUUCAUGAAACCUUGAAGGCCGUGGUUGCUCAGUAUAAUGCUAGUCAGCUCAUCACCCAGAGAGAGUGGUCUGUCCUUAGCCCUUUUUUGUUCGCCUUGGUGAUGGACGUCCUAACUCAAGGUGUUCAAGAAGGGGUCCCAUGGUGCAUGCUUUUCGCGGAUGAUAUCGUGCUUAUCGACGACACACGUGAGGGACUAAACGAUAAGUUGGAACGAUGGCGCCUUGCCCUUGAGACUAAAGGAUUCAGAAUAAGUAGGAACAAGACUGAAUACAUGGAAUGUCGUUUCAGCGGCCGGGAAACAGAAUCAGAAGUGGAAGUUAGGAUUGACUCUCACGUAGUACCUAAGGUAGACAGGUUCCGAUAUCUUGGCUCGGUAAUCCAGGCGGAUGGGGAGUUAGACGGGGAUGUUGGACAUCGUGUUGGAGUGGCUUGGGCCAAAUGGCGGUUGGCCUCAGGGGUGUUGUGUGACCCGAAGAUUUCACCCAGGAUGAAAGAGUGUUGGGCAGUUAAGAAGACUCAUGUGCGUUGUCUGCAUGUGGCGGAGAUGCGGAUGUUACGAUGGAUGUGUGGGAAGACAAGGUUGGAUAGGAUUUCGAACGAAGUUAUUCGACGUCAGGUAGGCAUGGCGCCGGUGGAAGAUAAGUUGCGGGAAGCGAGGUUGAGAUGGUUUGGGCAUGUGAGACGUCGGGAUGCUGAUGCCCCUGUACGGAGGUGCGAGAGGAUCACGGUUAUCGGGGGAAGUAGGGGAAGGGGUAGACCUAGGAAGAAUUGGAAGGAGGUUGAGCCGGGGGUCUCUUGGAAACAGCCUCCCUACUUCCGAGUAGGGGCAAGUCUGACUUUUGGGAAGGAGUUCACUGCUGCCAUUGAAGCCAAACAGGUGGCAGCACAGGAAGCGGAGAGAGCCAAGUUCAUUGUCGAGAAAGCUGAGCAGGACAAACGCAGUGCCAUUAUCCGGGCACAGGGUGAAGCGAAGAGCGCACAACUGAUUGGCCAAGCAAUAGCAAAUAACCCGGCAUUCAUCACACUCAGGAAGAUUGAAGCAGCCCGAGAUAUUGCAAACACUAUAUCAUUUUCGUCCAACCGAGUCUACUUAGACUCGGGCGAUCUCCUGCUCAACCUUCAAGACCUCAGCCUUAAAGCUGUGAACAAAAACCACAAAGAGUUGUUGUCUAGUUUCGUCUCCUCCGCGACGCCUUCCACCACCAUCAUCCGCCGGUCGUUGUCCGAUCAUCUUCUCCGUCCGCCACCAUCAACCGCCGGUCGUCUACCCAUCUUCCGUCACCGUCCACUUGAAAUCUCAGUAUUAGAAGACGGCAAAGUUCUUGGCAUCCACCAAGCAAAACAAGAAAAAUCGUCGUGGUGGUGACGAGAAUGCCCCUGCUAGCGCCACGCACACCGGUGGUCUCUUGCUUUUCGCGAGUCUCAAACACGCCUUCAAAACUACGUAGUCACGCAGGAGGCAGUUCGAGAAUAAUGCUUAAAUGUGACACGUGACGAGAUUUUUAUAUCUACAGUCGGAGGACAUGAUGCCAAAAAUCGUGUUCAUGGUGUUGGAGAUCUCGCACGAAGCCUACCACGAAUGCAUGCAAGUGAGGCAAGACGUGCUAGCACCAUCUCUAUGUGAGACCCUCGAGAUGAUGAGAUACGGAGGUUGAGAGAAGAGCUACACGACAUUAGAGCUUCCCAAGUGCGUGAACUAUUGUCGAUUAUAGAAGAGAUGACCUGAUGAGAUACGGGGUUUGCACGCGCUUGUUGAAUAUUUUAUUAGAAUUGAAGAACAUUAUAUUAAACUUAAGUUUGAUGG